AUUAAUUAUCCCACCUAAAAUAAUUUUCUAGACUUGUAGCCCAAAAUGUUAUGUUUAUUAAGAUUUUUGUGAGCUAAGAAAAACGACAAUGAUUGUGCCAAGAAAACUUUUGUUUUUGUUUUUAAGAGAAACGACACAAACAUUAGAAAACGACACUUAAAAACAGAGGUGGGUUACAAAAUGAUUAUUGAGAAACUGAACUGUGCUAUUGAGAAAACAAUAAAUGAGUGUGUAAUCUUUUGAUGUUCUUGUAUUGGGAAGUACUAAGGUUGUUUGGGGUAUUGAAAAUGGUGUAUUAUUUCUAGGUAAUAAUUAUUAUAGUUAUGGUAUAGGUGGGUUCAAUGUAUUAGUUUGCCUAUAUAUUUGGGAGUUCUGUAAGAUUUGCUCAUACAAAUUUUAUUUAUUACAUGCAUUUCUUUGUGUUUAAUCUGUAAGGGUAAGAAACCAGAUUGAAAAGGAAGAAGAGGAAAAAUUAAGGUCAGCCACUCACUUGAUUAUUAAUUUUUAUUGUUUACUAUCUGUAUUUGAAGUGUUUCCUUUUGUCUCUGAUAGGAUAUUUUUUUUUUAGUUUGAUCUCUAAUUGGAGAUAGAAAUGGUGAGAUUUUGUGAUUUUCCAAGUGAAGUUGUGGAGAAAAUCAUGUUGUUGGUGCCUGCAGAUUCUCUAGUAGAGUGUAAAUCUGUGAACAAGUUCUGGUAUUCUUGUAUUUCUACUCUCAUCAACGAUCCAAAAUUUGUUGCCAAACACCUCCUCAUCACCAAAAACCAUUCUUCUAUGUCCUUACUUUGUUCCGAACAGCCUUCUUCAUGUGUAGAUCAUUGCUUGAUCACAUAUCCAUUGCUUACUAUAAUCCAUGUUGAUGGUGGUGGUGUUGGUGAUGAUGAUGGUAAGAAGGAUCAUUUUAGAACAGUCACAGUAGAUCUGAGUAUGCCACUUUUGGAUAUGAAUAGAUGGGAUAACAUAUAUCACUGUGAUGGACUCCUUUUGCUUGUAAAUUAUGGUUUCAAGAAGACUAUAACUAUGAUGUUAUGUAAUCCAGUUUUGAAAGAAUCUAUGAUUCUCCCAAAACCAAAGAAUGUUACAUUUAUGGCUCAUCAUUAUCACUACAUAGGAUUUGAACACGAUUCUAGAAACAACAAAUACAAAUGUGUUUCCAUUUGGCUUUAUAGAGAAGAAUGUAAAGUUGAGGUAUACACAGUGGGUUCUGAUUCUUGGAGAGAGAUCAACAUGUCUCAAGACGUAAUGGAUUAUAUAGUGCAUGCUGAACUAUGCAAUGCUGUAUGUUUUGGAGGUGUUUGUUACUGGUAUAUUUGCCGACCUAGAAUUGAAAAGAUACUCAGUUUUGAUAUGAGUAGUGAGGAAUUCCGUAUGAUAGAUUUUCCAGAUUUUGAACCUUUAAUUGCCGUUGUAGAUUCUUGUUUUGAUAAGAGCUUCCUUUUUGUCUUCACCAUGGAUAAAAGCGUAGCAGGUGGUUCGACCAAAUACGAGCUGAUUGGACCACUAGAGAAGUGUUACAGUUACUUACUACUGCCAUUUUGGAAGGACGAUGAGAUUCUAAUGGAUGUGUUUGAAUAUGAAAUCUUGGGUGCAAAAAACAUGGUUUCUUAUAACAUUCGUACUCAAAAGUUCAAAAAUGUUGUUUUUGAUGUAGAUAGUAGAAUGAUUAUGGGGUUAGAUAUGGCUCUGAUACCAUGUUGAGAAUUAUGGGGUUCCAUCUCAAAACCAAUUAGCAAUGAGUGGAGUAGCCCAUGUUCUUAUAUAUGGCUCAAUUCUCUACCAUUUAUUCCAUGUGGGACAAUGUCCACAAUACUAUAUGAAAAGAGUCUGGUUUCUAUUACGAGGUAGUGAAGAAAUUUCAGUUCCAAAAAAAUAUGUGGUUUGGCUCUAGAAUUGGAGAGACUAAAAUGCUAUUUGUUUAGUUUGAUUAUGUAAUUUAAACAUUAUCUAUGUAAUUAAGUCCUGAUUGAUGC